AUGAUAAUGGAAUCUCUUGAAGGAUCUGAGAUGUUCAUGGAACUCAUUGAAGUAUCUGAGAUGUUCAUCAAACACCUUGAAGGAUCGAAGAUGUUCAUGGAAUCUCUUGAAGGAUCUGAGAUGAUUAUGGAAUCCCUUGAAGGGUUGGUUUGCUCCAGAUUCUGUGGAAAAGGGAAGUCCUUCAUCCCAACAAAGCCCAAUCUAUUACUUUAUGGGAUAGAUGUUGGCGGUCUCCAUGUUCCUCUCUUUGGUAUCCAUCACAUAUCUAUGCUGAGGAGGGUUGGGAGGUUUUUGUCCUGCUAUGUGUCACUGUGGUUCGUCUUUGGAGAUGGAACCCAUCUGUCUGUCACUGGUCAGCCAGCUGUCCCUCCUUCGGUGUCUCUCUUCCCUCCAUCCCAGGAAGAGCUCAAGAGCAAGAACAAAGCCACCUUGGCCUGUCUGAUGGAUGGCUUUCACCCGGGUGUUGUCCAGGUUGAGUGGCUGGGUGAUGGCCGCACCAUCUCUACUGGUGUGGAGACCACCAAGCCUGUCAAACAGGGUGACAAGUAUAUCGCCAGCAGUUACCUGACUCUCAAUCGUUCUGAAUGGGAAGCCAAUGAGAGUUACAUCUGCAAGGUGACCCAUGAAAGCAAGACCAUUGAGAAGGUGGUCAGCCGGUCGGCAUGUUCUUAAAUGAUGGAUGUCUCAGUGGUGGCCCUAAGAUCUCUAUCUCCCAGGAACACAUGCUUCCUCCAUGGGGCCAAGUUAUUCUCCAGUUCCCACUUAAUUCUAGCUUUAUUGAUAAAGGCUGGUCUCUGUGCAACAUAGUUGAUUACCCCACAACUUCCCCUUACUUGUACUCCUUGGAACCACCUUUGUAUGUUUACCUUCCUGUGAUAACUCAUUAAUAAAAAUUGAUAUAUGUCA